GCAGGGGAAGCACAGGAAGUACACACAGAGUCCCCCCUCGACCAAUGGCAAGUUGUCUUCAGAGACAGACCAGGCGCAGUGGACACCCGGCUGCUGUCUGAGGAUAAUGUGGGGUGUGUGUGUACAGAGGAGGUGUGUGCACUCCUCCCUGAGCCUCCUGAAGAAAACUCCUAUCAGGCUGAAGGGCAGGAGCCCGGCGGAGCAGCGCUGGCUGCAGCGGCAGAUCAGCGACCCGUUCGUCAAAGCGGCUCACGUCCACAGUUUUCGGUGCAGAAGCGCCUUCAAGCUGCUGGAGAUCGACGACAAACACAAGAUCCUGCAGCCCGGACUGAGCGUGGUGGACUGCGGAGCCGCGCCGGGCGCCUGGAGCCAGGUCGCCCUGCAGAGGGUCAACGCAGCCGGGGCAGAUCCAGAAUUGCGCCGUGGUACAGUCAUUGGGAUCGACCUGCUCAAUAUAGCGCCUCUCGAUGGCGUCCAGUUCCUGUCCAACCAUGACAUCACUGACCCCGCGACACACGCCCGGCUGCUGGAUCUGCUCCCGAACGGCGAAGCGCACGUCAUCCUGAGUGACAUGGCGCCCAACGCCAGCGGUUACAAAGACAUGGACCAUGAGAAACUCAUCAAUAUGUGUCUCACUCUACUGGACUUGGCUGAGAAGAUUUUACAGCCAGGGGGCGCUCUGGUUUGUAAAUACUGGGACGGGAUCCUUGCACAUAAACUCCAGGAGAAGCUGUCCAGUGUCUUUGGCAGUGUCAAGAUUUUAAAGCCAAAAGCCAGCAGAAAGGACUCGGCUGAGCUGUAUUUUCUUGCUAGAAUGUAUAAAAAGCCAAUAAAAUGACUGCAGUGUAAUUUUCUGAUGUACAUGCUCCUAAUUUCCUUCACCCCAAUGAAUAAUCUGGUCAGAAACUGUCUUGAAUUUCACCAAAGUGUUAAAUGCUAUAUCAUCAACAGUAGUGAGGAGAACUUGGGAAAAGAAAAAGGCUCACAUGUUGGUACAGACGUUCACCAGAAGGUGGCAGUCUUGAGGCAUCAAUAAGGCUCAGCAGUGAACGCAGAUAUCCACAACAAUAAUGAGGGCCUCUUUCUCUGUGUAGGUUUUUUUAUUUAUUUAUUUAUUUAUUUUUUAUCCCUACAAAGUUCAACACUAAACGGGUAAUAAAACCUAUGCAAGAAUCAUCAGUGUGAUAUUCCUCAAGAGCAAAAUGUAGCGUUUUCCCUGACGUUAUUGUUUGCCUCACAGUGUUUAUUCCACAAAGUCAGUGUGGUAUUUGUUUUGUUCCAGAAAGUCAUUUACCAGUGGUGCCUAUGCUAAUAAUUUGCACUGCCAGCCAUGUAGAAAUAUGUAAUCAUUCUCUCAUUAAGAGCUUAUAAAGGGAAAAUCUAAUACAUAAAAAGUCAUACACAGCAUGACUAAUGAAAAAGAGUGAUGAUAUUGAAGCCUGGCACACUACAAGCGUUGCUGGGCUUGCUCUCUGAUAGCAGAGAGAUGUCCAUUUCCUUCGGACUAUCUGCAGAUUCCCCUCGUAGAUUUCCCUUGAAAUGAUUGUGCUGAGUACUUUGGGAAUUGUUUGUUCUAUUUUUUUUUUUUCGUCUUUUAUGCUUCAUCUGAUUCUAUUCUGACCAGAGUUGGAAGCUGCUGCAGGUUAUGAAAUUGAAUAUCUACCAGAGCUGCCUAGUGUUAGUGUGAGGCACAUAUAUGAUUUAUAUUACAAAAUGCAGUGGUAGUUAAUGUCACAUAAGCCUCGCAAAGGUAGUGUUGCCGUGUCUUCGCCGUGUUAUGUACACAUUGCUCUUCUGUGACUUCAAAGACAGUGACUCCUUUUGCAGUUUUAAUAAUGGCCCUCAUAACCAAGCAACAUUUCGAGGAUGUUAUGUGUAAUAUGUUUUAUGAAUGCUGUGCAUAUCAUGGAUAAAAAAAAAAAAAACACCCUGUUCAAUCUCCAAGUGAGAAGAGGUGCUUUACAAAUGCUAAUCUG